GCCGAAAACCGACGGUAGAUUACGGAAACAGCCGAUUGUUUGUCUGACGUAUUUCAUUCUAACAAAAUGGCUGAUUUCGAGAAUUUCGAGUCUGCUGGUGAUGGAAAUGUCGAAGAAGACCCUGCUGCUGACUUUUUAGCUCGUGAACAGACAGAACUCGCAGGUCUUGAAGACGACAACUUUCCCGUUGCAGAUGCCUCUCAGCCAACUGCAGGUCUUGAAGAUGACAACCCCCCCGUUGAAGAUGUUACUCUUCCAACCACAGCUGAUGGGUUUAACACCUUUGAAGAAUCAAAUGCAACAGUUAAUGGUUUGAGUGAUGCAGAUGUGCCACAGACUAAUGGACCUACAGAUGGAAGUGGUUAUGCUGCUAUAGCUCAAGUUGAUAAACACCAUCGAGAACCUGAGAAAAUCAAGUUGUGGAGAGAAGAACAAAAGAAACGGCUUGAACACAAGGAUGCUGAAGAAGAAAAUAAGAAGGAAAUAUGGCGUGAAGCUGCAAAGAAAGAGCUUGAAGAUUGGUUGAAAAAUCAGGCAGAACAGCUUAUUAAGACCAAAGAAAACAACCGAGCUGCUGCCGCAGCCGAGCUUGCAGACAUCACUUGUGGGGCACAAGAAGAAGCAAGCAUGAAGGACCGUGAAGAGAGCAUUGCUGGUCAAGAAUGGGAGAAAAUCUGUCGGCUUUGUGACUUCAACCCUAAGCAUUCCAAAAACACAAAAGACGUGUCUCGUAUGAGAUCAAUAUUGCUACAGUUGAAGCAAACGCCUCUGGUUCGCUGAAGAUUGUAGCCUCAUGAAAUAGUUGUAUGCUAAUGAGAAUGUUAAAGAAGAAUCAGGAUUUGUGAAACUAUUGUUUUGGUUGUCAUGGUUGAAAUUUAAACUAGAAGCAAUUACUAAUUCCUUAAGAGUAAUUGAUCAAAAAUCAAUAGAUUAUGUUAACUGAAUUUGUAGACUUGUCAAUAAAUUUGGGUUAUACAUUAA